AUGUUGUGGCGACAGCUCACGUGCGCCUGAGUGGCGUCAGUGGGCAACUGCGUAAUCGUUGCCUUUAAUUUUUUAUUCCAUAUAAAUAUUUUUCUGUUAGCGUCCACAAUUACACCAUGCGCCCGCAAUGAACCUCUUUUGGAGCGCUGUAUCAUUAACGCUGUGUACCAAAUAAGGCCUUUACUAGUGCAUGGCAACCUGGGGGAUGGCUUCACAAUACCUUCAUUAGAACCGUUGUCCCUAGAUAAUAUUGAAUUCAGACUAAGUAGUCAAUUUCAAGCUGUUUUCACGGAUAUUGAAGCCAACGGAGGGAACUUUAGAGGGAAGUACUCGCUGCAUCUGAAUUUGCUACUCCUAGACAUAAAAGAAAUAGGAAACAUGCACGGAAAUUGCGAAAACGCAAAAGCAUUCGUUAAAAUACGUGGCUCUCGGUAUCUGCGAAAUGGCAAAGACUAUGUGAAAUUUACCAAGAUGACCAUGCGCAUUGAUUUUAAGACUUUUAAAUUAAACCUGGCAAACCUGUUUACCGGCGAUAGAGUUUUUGGUGACGUAGGAAAUAGACUUAUUAACAACAAUCAAGAAUUAUAUCUGAAAGAGAUUGAGACAAGCAUAGAGCACAGUCUUUCGAAAAAGUUUUUAGAUGUGGCAAAUAAAAUCCUUGCCAGCGCCACAUUCGAUGAGAUGUUCCCCCACGGAAAGACGUUUAUCAAUCCGAUUACACACCCGCCCACAUUACCAUCAUCGGGAGUCAGUCCAGCAAUAUUGAAGUUCAAAAUCCCGAAGGAAGUAUUUCACAUAAAGUGUCCUUUUAAAAUGGAUUUGAAUUAA